GUUUUGAAAUCUGGUUAUUACUUUAAUUAAUUUUUUGCUUAGGAUGUCAACAACGUAAUUCCACUGUGAAACUUGCUCUUGAAAACCCUUAAGCCUUAGUUAAUGCCUUGGUGAAUUUCUCUUUCUAAAGUUCAAUCUUAAGAGAAGAUGCAUCUCAAUUCAAUCACUGAACUGCCAAUGUUUUAGUACAUGAAAUGUUCCUUCUUAUCUAUUCCUAAGUAAAAAGUCCUCUUUAUUAUUUUACUAAUUAUUUUUUUUUCUUCUCUUGAUUUGCUUUUUCCUCCUUUGAUAACACUUUUGUGCUGGGGUCAUAUCAUACUCAUCAUAGCCAGGAUAGGCUUUUUGAAAAUUCUUCAUGGGGUGGUGGAAAAGCAAAGUAGCACACCAAAUGCUUCUUUCAUGUUUUUGCAUAUUCAGGAAUAUCACAAUAUUUACACCCUCAUGGAUCACUGUUCCUCUUGCUCUCUUGCUGCUUUUUUCCAGUUACAAACUGGUUGGAUUCAUGUUCUUCUCCUCUCUCCUCUUCACAUCUCUAGCACUGCUUUUGUCCACUUUUCUUCUUAUCUUCUGGAAGCACAAGGCAGUACCAAAUGAUGAACUUGCUGAAGGAAAUGGUUUCAUUUUGAGUACUACUACUUCUGAGGAGAAGAUCUCACAUGGAAGGGAAAGUGCUGUUGCUAUUGCACCAACCCCAAUGCACAAGAAUGCUGAAACUGUUGUGACACAAGCAAAGGAAAGUGAAGAAGUUAGUGAUGAUAAAUGCCAAGAAGAAGGGUUGUUUUUGUCCACUUCUGAAGAAGUAGAUCACACACUUUCUGAUGAGUGCUCAGAUGGGACAAUUUCUGAUGAGGACAGCCUCAUAGAGAUUGCACUUCCAAGUGGACACUUUGUGGGUCAUAAUCAGAACAAAGAAGACUCCAAUUCCAAGUACAACAACUGCUGCACCUUGCAACAGAAGAAGAGGGAGUUAUCAAGUGCUCAUGAGGCCCUUUUCAACCAACAUAGCCUGAUGGAAUUCUUGGCAGAGUUUAAUGAAAUGAAUGAGGAAGAUAACUUGAUAGAGAUUGACAUAGCCAUGGGUUCUAUCAAGUGCUCAAGGUUUGAAAUAGAAGCAUAAACUAAUUAAACUCUUUGUUGUUUCAUGCGAUAUAUAUAUAUAUAUAUAUAUAUAUAUAUAUAUAUAUAUAUAUAAUUUUAAUUACAAAAGGCUAGGCUUGUGCAGCAGUUUGAAGCUGCUGUUGUUCUUCACAAGCUUCGGAUACUCAUUAAAGUGAUUGUAUUAUGACCCUUUCUUUUUGACUUCUUAAUGCUCAUAAAAAAAGAAAAGCAAUAUGAAUUAAAGUUGAAGAAAGCUGGUCCCAGUUAACGGA